AUGAAACGACAUCGACCACAAGUUUUUCGACCUUCUGACGAAUCAAUGUCGGAGGAAGAUGAGGAUACUCCUUCACCGCCGGCACGGAAGCUGCUCAAGAAUCUGUUAAAAAAAGAAGUAACAAAGGCUUUACGCGAUCUUCAAGAUGACUGUCAAGUUCCAAAUAAGUUACAAGUACAUCGUGCUGCAUCAUUGAUUCCGGAAUUCGACCCUGACAGUGAAGAGUAUACGGUACAAGCGUGGAUACGAAAAAUUGAACAAAUCGGUGAAAUUCACGGUUGGGACGAUACACUUAAAUCAUUUUAUCUACAAGAUAAACUGCGAGGUCAAGCGAAGAAGUGGUAUAAUCGCCUGGAGAAUUACGAUUAUACGUGGGAGCAAUGGAAAGAGUUACUAUUACGAGCAUUUCCCCGAUAUCGCGAUUAUGGAAAUAUGCUUGAAGAACUAUUGCAAAGGAGGAAGCAACCAACUGAGUCAAUGACAAAAUACUAUCAGGAUAAAAUCGCCAUGUGCUUCCGAUGCAAGUUGUCCGAUAACGCCAGCGUUUCCUGUAUUAUUCGUGGUCUGCCGUUAUCGCUACAGCUCAACGCUCGAGCCUUUCAAUGCCAAACGCCAGGAGAGCUUUACGAAGGAUUUUUAUGUGCGCUUGACGACUACCGUACUUUACCUAUCGAAACAAGGUUUCAGAAAAAUUUGGUGAGUAAGCCACUAUCUCACCUCGAUAAAAAGUCAACGCCGCCCAAUGCCGAAACUGACCCGUGUCCGAGAUGCAAGAAAACCGGUCAUUUACUGCGUGAUUGCUCCCUACCUGAUACGCGUACUUGUUAUAAGUGCGGAACUAGGGGACACAUUGCUUCACGCUGUACUAUGAUAACCACGGAUAGCAGAAGAUCUACUUCAUCUGACAACAUUAAAGAAGUAAAUGUACUACGUCCUUAUAAUGAAGUAUACAAAAAGGUCGUUAAAAUCAAUGGCACCCACGUUAAAGCAUACAUUGAUACCGGCAGUCAAGUCAACGUGUUAAACGACCAAGUAGCGAACGCGUUGUCACUGGACGUCAAACCGACGAGUGUCACUCUGAAAGGAUUUUCCGGUGGACUCUCGACGAGUCGUGGAGAAGUUGAAUUUCAAUUAGAAAUUGAUGGUAUUACUAUUAAAUGUCAAGCCUACUUGUCUAGUAUCAAGAUGGCCGACGUUAAUCUUUUGAUCGGUCAACCUAUCAUCAACAGCGAAGGUAUGACAUUGAUAGUUAGCAAAGGUCUCGUCAAGCUUAAUCAUACUCAAGACCCCGUUUGCGAUAUUGAGGCUAUCGAAGACAAUGAUCGUUUUAAAGUGGUCACGGUCAACAAAGAGAAACUCCCACCUGGCUCUUCCAUCAUUCAAGUGCGGGUUCUGGGGAAUAAGGUCGGCAACGAUGUGGUAACGCCACCUCGACACUACGAGCUGCAGGGGGUGGCCUACUCUCUUCCCUCUACCCUGCUCCGUGGUGAAGAUGGUUACAUCAAAGUCGUCAACACGGGGUGCGAGGCUAUCGUGUGGUCGCCGGGAGAGGUCCUAGCCAGGGCUGAAAGCUGCCAGGAAUUCCCGUUACAGCCGUAUAGCCAGGUACUUUCUCUUGCUGCUUGCCAUACUUUUGCCAAUUAUAAUGCCAAUAAUUUAGGUCAACCCUUAACUAAUAAUUUAUGUAUAGGAGGUGUAAAAUUAGACGACAUACAGAUAGGACCGUUAAAUAAUAAACAACAUUCGGAUCUUAUCGGUUUAUUAAUACAAUAUAAACAUUGUUUUGCUAUUGGUACAAAAGAUUUAGGGUGUACAGAUUUAGUGCAGAUGAAAAUUAAGCUUACUAGUGAUCAGCCAGUUUAUCGCCAGCCUUAUCGAUUGUCACAUGGUGAACAAGCGAUAGUCCAGUCUAAAGUCAGUGAAUUAUUAGAUGCCGGCAUUAUCAAAGAGUCCGAAUCCAGUUAUGCCUCCCCAGUCAUCCUAGUGAAAAAGAAAAACGGUGACAGUAGGAUGUGCGUUGAUUAUCGUGCCCUAAAUGCUAUUACCGUAAAAGAAAGAUUUCCAUUGCCAAACAUAGAUGAUCAGGUUUCGAAAUUGGCGGGCAAAACAUAUUUUACAAGUUUAGAUAUGACUCAAGGAUACCAUCAGCUACGCGUGAGCCAUGAAGAUACACACAAAACUGCAUUCAUAACACCUCAGGGUCAUUUUGAGUACACUCGAAUUCCAUUCGGUUUAGCGAACGCUCCUUCUGUUUUUAUGCGACUAAUGAAUAAAAUAGUUGAAUCUGUGGUAAGAACUGAAAAUUCUAAGACUCAAGAAACAAAAAGUGCUUCUAGGCGAUAUGGCUUAAGGGGCUCUUAG